CGCCCUCGUGAUACACCCUCGUCCGCUAGUCCGCUAAUGGAAGCUGAACGAUCGCGUCGCGCUCCCGCAGUGUACUCCGCUCGGUACGGUCGCAACGUCACAGUCGCACACCGUCGCUCGUCGAACGGCACACCGGCAACAACGCCGCAACACUGCAACGGAACGGUAACAAUAAUAAUACAAUUACGUUAUAAUUAUUAUUGUUCGUCCGCCGCCGCCGCUGCCGCCGUCGUCAUGGCGGUCGUCGUGAAUCGCGAGCUCCCGUCUUCCGCGUCGUCGACAUAUUAUUUUUACACCGGAUAAUACAAAUCGUACACUUUACGUUCACGUUGUCGCGGGCCCGCGAUCGCGAUGCGUCUCGUCGUCGGACGUGUUGUAUGACGGCAAUAUUGUAGCGGUGGUCGUCGUUCCUGUAGCUACCUCCGCCGUCCCGAUCGACCGGGCCAGUGCCGCCGCCGUUGCCGCCACGAGGUACGGCAAUACUACGAUAUUAUAGUACGACGACGGACCGCGAUACCAACCGCAGAGAGUCGUGGCUGCGAAGAUGGACGAUCAGGAGCCGUCGCUGUGGUGUUAUUGUUUGCGGUGCGCCCGGCGACGGCGGUCGGCGCGUGCCAAAUGCCGAACGACGGCGGUGCUGUCGAGCGGUGUGCACCACAACUGCCGCAAUGCGGCGGUCGCCGAAUAACGGCAAUCGUCCUGUCCGCCGAUGAAAAUGGUCGAGACGAACCGGCCGAAACCGCCGUUGGACGUCGCCACCGCGGCGGCUGACGUGAACUCCUCGCCGCAGCAGCAACGCGAACACCAGCAGCAACGUGAACACCAGCAUCAACGUGAAUACCAACAGCUACGUGAACACCAGCAGCAACGUGAAUACCAACAGCUACGUGAACACCAGCAGCAACGUGAACACCUGCAGCACCAUUGGCAGCAGCCGCCGCAGCGUCGUCCACAUCAGUCCCGAAACACCAAGACGGUACACUUCGAAACAGACGUGCUGCGAGGCGUCACGGCGGCCGACUCCGCGAUGGCCACGGCCACUUCGAACUGCAGCACGGCCAGCGUCACUAGUCUGCCCGACCAGUUCGACAGAAACGUACAACAGUUGUUUACGUUUAUCGGCACAGCUCUGAGCGGAGGUCACGACCGUUAUUGUAGCGACGACGACGACGACAACGACGACUGUAGUGAUGACGACGACGACUGCAGUGACGAUGACAGCGACGGCGUUAGUGACGGAUUUUGCGGUGGCUGCGGUGGCGGCAACGACGGUGACGACGACGACGAGGACGACGACGACGACCGGAGGUCGGUCAGCGACAGCGAGACGGUCAGGAGACGAUCAGCGUACCGGCGGCGACCGGCGUCGGCAGUGGCGCCGUACGCCGCGUCGUCGUUCUCGCGUGGCGAGCGUACUAUCAGUUUCGAACGUGACGUGGACAGAGGCAACACGCCGUUUAGGCACAGGCACUGCAAAACGACGGCUGGCACGUGCAACAGAGUUUUCCUCAAAAAGAUAUCGGACGACGAUCGUAUGUCAUUGACAACUGCUAUCAGUGACGAAGACGACGCAGAGAGCACUCAAAAUUCACCAUACCGGGGUAAACAAACAGGGACUGCAGCAGCCUCGUUUAAUUGCACAGGAGCUGUCAGAAAAGCAGGGUUUUUGAGCGUAAAAAAAUGGCUAUUACGAAAAAAGCAUCAAAUUGAACUUGCCAGAAAAAGAGGCUGGAAAGGAUAUUGGGUGUGCCUUAAAGGUACUACAUUACUCUUUUACCCAUGUGAUUCAAGAGAAGGCCGUAGUGUAGAGGCAGCACCAAAACACCUUAUAAUUGUGGAUGGAGCGAUCAUGCAACCUAUCCCAGAACACCCAAAGAGAGACUAUAUUUUCUGUUUAAGUACAGCUUUUGGGGACGCCUAUUUAUUUCAGGCGCCUUGUCAAGUAGAAUUGGAAAAUUGGGUGAACAGCAUACAUUCUGCAUGUGGGGCCGCAUUUGCUAGGCAUAGGGGAAAAAUAGGAACACUUCAUCUAUUACAAGAAGAAAUUUACAGAAUCGAAAAACAAGUGGAUGCGGAUCAAAAACUUAAACACAUGGCUGAAGUACAAGUAGAAAUGCUAACCGAUCCAGAUACUAAAGAACAAAUUAAAAAGCAAAUUUUAGCAUGGGAAGAAAAUUUAGAAAGACUACAUUGUGAACAGUUUCGGCUCAAAUGUUACAUGGCUAGUUUGCAAAAUGGUGAACUUCCAAAUCCCAAGAUUCUUUUAACGCGUGUAUCCAGAGCCACAAAAAUCACAUUAAACAAAUUAGGUGUGUUUACUGUAUCUUCGCUACACGCAUUUAUAUGCGCUCGUUCUCCGUCAUUGCUCAACAAUCUUUUGGCUGGACGCGGUGCAACUAAAAGAAAAGCUCCAAUCUUAUCUCGUUCAAAUAGUAGUUCAGGUAGAAGAUCACUGCAAUCAUCAACAUCCAGAGAUGACGCAGAAAAGACUGUGAAAGUAUCCUUGCCUGAUAAUCAAUCGGUACAAAUACAUUUGCGAGAGGGCAUGACAGUCGAUGAGUAUUUGGCAUUAUCUUGUUCGAGAAAAGGACUUAAUCCCAUAGAGCACUUUGUCAGGGUAAAAAAGAGAAGGGAUAUGGAAGAUCAUAAUUAUUUUGUUCCUCAUCGAACUGAUAGUAUCGAAACUUAUUUACAUACUCACGAAGUUGUCGAAGUUCGUGCUAAAAUCCUUUAUCAAGUAGAACUUGAAAGAAAUACAUUAGAUCAUAUGUGGGGAUUUUCCGUAGAAGCAGAACUAAUUGAAAAUGCUGAAAGACAAGACGAACUUUGUUGUUAUGUUAGUCGAGUUGAAGACAAAGGAAUUGCUAUUCAAAAUGGUUUGAUAAAAAGCGAUGAGAUUAUGGUGAUAAAUAGUGCAAUAGUCAGUGAUUUAGAUAUGAUGUACUUGGAAUCGGCCCUUCAAGAAGAACUUUCUUUGAGUAUGAUGAUGAGAUCAUCCAGAACCGAACCUCCUCAAUUACCUUCAGGCUCAAGAAUUAUAUCAAAGACUACUGACGAUAUAAUUCAAUCGUUAGUUUGUCCUCCACCCCCUACUGAUCCACCAGUGAUCUCAGAAGAAAUGAUAUCUGGACUGAUCGUUCCUGCUCCAGGGUGGAAUAGGGAAGGUAUUUAUGAAUUGGAAACUAACAACAUGAUUCAAGAUUCAAAACUUGCUUCUAGAGGAAAUUCUUUUGAAAUCGAAAAUUUAAUCAAGAGUGCUGGUGAAGUUACUGGAUUCUGUAGAUCACCGGAGCCAGCAAGAAGAACUAGCCCAACAGUAAUUUCUGCUGUUCAGAAUCCUCAAAUAACUAUUGGUCGUCAGUUGACAGACGCUGAAAAACUUAGAAAAGUUAUUUCUGAACUUGUAGAUACCGAAAAAUCAUAUAUUAAGCACUUAAAUAAUCUACUGGAGAAUUAUUUAGAACCACUUAAACACGAAACAUUUUUAUCUGGGGCAGAAAUAGCAGUUUUGUUCGGUAAUAUCCAAGAAAUUGUUCAGUUUCAACAUCAGUUCUUACAAAAUUUAGAAGAAGCCGUUCACCAAGAAGCUAAUUUCCAUAAAUUUGAUCAGCCAGAUCAAUUUAAAAAUAUACUUUUCUCAAUCGGAAGCGCCUUCUUAUAUUAUGUCAAUCAUUUCAAGUUGUACAGCUCGUUCUGUGCAAGUCACUCAAAAGCUCAAAAAAUACUUAAUCCUACUGAAGGCAAUCAAGCUUUACAAGAAUUCCUAUGCUCCAGAAAUCCUCGGCAACAACAUUCUUGUUCUUUAGAAUCUUAUUUAAUUAAACCUAUUCAAAGGAUAUUAAAAUAUCCACUUUUACUACAACAACUAAGGAAUCUUACUGAUCCUCAUUCAGAUCAACACCUCCACCUCGUUGAAGCACUUAAAGGAAUGGAAAAUGUCGCCGAACAUAUUAAUGAAAUGCAAAGGAUACACGAAGAAUAUGGAGCAAUCUUUGAUCAUUUAUUCAGACAACAUCAAAAAUCUUGUAAACAAUCUAUUGACUUGUCUCCGGGUGAUUUAUUGUACUAUGGAGGAGUUGAAUGGUUGAAUAUAUCUGAUUUCCUUGGGAAAAUAAAGAAAGGCUUAGAACUACAUGCCAUGUGCUUUGUAUUCAAAUCAGCAGUGGUGUUUUUAUGCAAAGAACGUUUAAGACAAAAAAAGAAAUUGAUGAGUGUAUCAGGCAAAAGUGAAAUGGAAAUAAUUAGAUAUCAAGUUUUGAUACCAGUUACUGAAGUACAAGUUAGAGCAAGUUCUGCUAAAGAUAUGGAAACACAUUUCUUAUGGGAGCUGAUCCAUUUACGUAGUCAAUCCCACAGAAGAGCAGAAAAGAUUUAUGUCCUUUCCAAUAGUACUGCCGAAUUCAGAAAUGCAUUCUUAAAAACUAUACGCCAGAUAAUUCGUGAAAGCGUACGAAACAUGAGCAUCCCUACUGCCAAACCUUCUACUAAUUCCCCUGCUCAACUAGUAAGCAAUACCGCAACAUUAGGGAGACAAACAAUUAAUACUGGAGGUUUACAAUUGAUAUCAGAGGAUCAUAAAACGCCUGAUAUUUCAAACUUACCCCAAGGAUCACAAACGCUUGGAAAACCUAAAAAAAUACCUCCAAAACCACCCCAAAGACAUUCUUCAGGGAAUACUAUGACCAAAGUGGAGUUAAGGAAUCAAGGGACAUCGUCAACUGAUUCUACAACGGAUACAGCAGGGACUCAAACUAUUUUGCCAAAUUAUAGAUCAAGAAACAGAGAACGAAAAGUUGACGAACAAAAAUCCGAAGGUGAAGAUGAUAGCUGUAGUCAACCUGGACCAUCUAAAGGACUUCCAAUGCACGGUAGUCUGGGAAAAACACCCAACUACUUAAUGCUUAGUACCACGUCUACGUUAUCAGCAAGUAGUACCGGCAGUCAAGCAGCCAGACUGGUGGAAAGAUCACAACAACCAGAAAAUUAUCAACCACCUCAGGUGCAGGACCUCGGUUCUCCAGUGUGGAAGCCCAGAGAAUUGGGAGAAUCGUCAACAUUGCCACGAAAAAAAAAAACGAAUCAGGAGCAGUUUGAAACAAGGACAAUGGUGAGAAAAGGAGAGAAAAAGGAUAAAAAAUGAAUAAAAACGCGGGACAAUCACUCAUAAAAAAAAUGUUCAUGCAUAAAAAUACCCAAUUAAUGAGGAAUGUGAUAGCUAUCACUGACUCCUAGGGAUCUUUUUUAAAAAUCUAAUUGGGGAUUUCUAUGAUGUCCUUGUUACCAAUGGUAUGGAAAGGAUCUGCCGGCCGAGGGUCGAAGAAAUUAUGUUUAUGAUCAAGUUAGAUUAUUUCUUAAAUUCUCAUUACCUUAUUGGUAUGUUCCUACUUUAUUUAUUACAUAAAAUUAGAAUUUAUUACAGUCUUUUGUUUCGUGUAAAUAAUAAUUAAAACGAAACUGAAACAUUUUGUCACAAUUAAAAACUAAAAUAUACCGGAUUUGGGCUGUUUAUUAUUAUCGGUAAUUAAAAUACAAACGGCGAUACAACGACCAUGGUAAAUUAUUCUUUUAACCACCUUUACUAAUAUUGUUAUUAAACACCAUACAUUUGGGAUACGCAUUACGAAAUUUAUCCACGUUACGUUGACUUAUAUAUAUUAAAUAUUUAAAUAUAUAUGAUAUAUAGACCAUGUCUGUUUUAAUGAUUAUGCACCAACUUAAGGUUAUAUUACAAAUCGUACAUAUUAAAAGCUCAAAGCUCAAUUUCAUUUAAAUUAUUUUCUUCUUUCAAAUUUCAAUAGAUUUUAUUAUGAAUUGUUAACAUUUCUCCAUUUGAUCUCAUUAGUGAUAUUUGAACUUAAAAAAAUUUAGACCUCCUAACUGCAGAAUACAUAACCACGAAUCAUUUACUUUGUUCGAGCACAUAGGAUAAGUAAAUAAUGAUUAUUUUUAUGCUUAAUAUGUACAUUGGACAUUUUGAGAAUAAAUAAUAUUAUAUUAUGGUCAACGCGUGAACGACAAUAAAUUGUUAUUGUGCAACGACGACGAAAUAAAACCUAAUUAAUUGUAUUCAUUAGAUGUAUUAAAGUGGUGUAGGAAAACGGUUUCAUUUAUUUGAAGGUUGAAUUUGCAAGUUUAGAUUCAUAAGAAUAAUGGUCCCAAAAAAUCUAGCCUCGUAUUUUUGUUCGUGUUCGGAAUUCCCUAAUGAAAUCAUUGAAACUAUUGUUGAAAAUAAUGUUUAACAUUAACGAUAAACAACCUAUUGUAGUAUCAAUUAAAUAGUCCUAGCUCUUUUGGAAAAAUUAAAAUUGACAACCGUAAACUAUGUCAUCUUGUGUGCCACACAAGUACCCAACAUAAAUCGUAAAAAUAUGUUUUUUUAAAAAAAACAAUUAUAUACAUACUUUCUAAGUACUAUUAGGUUAUCUUAUAAUCAUUAUUAAAAUACGGAAAAAUGUCGUGCUCAUGUAGGUACCUUAGAAAUUUUAGAAUAAGUUUUUAAAUU